AUUAAAAUUAAUAAUAAUAAGCAAUGGUUACAUAAGAAUAUUAAAAAAUACUUUAUUGUUACUGAACAUCAAAAUGAUCGACUGUCAACAAAAAUAAAUAUCUUUAAAGAUUGUGGGUAUUCGUAUUAUUAUUAUAAAUAUUAUGAUAUUCCAAUAUUACUUGGAAUAAGCUUUCCUUUAUUUGGAUUUGCAAAGAAGAAAGAAGAAGAAUCGGAACUUAUAACAACAAUUAAGAAAUCCGUAUAUCUGAUUCAGAAGAAAGAAUUUAAAAAAGCUGAACAAAUGCUGCAUAUAGCAUUACGUAUAGCUCAAACUGAGCAAAAUCAAGAUGGAAUAACAUAUAUUUAUGAUUUAAUGGCUAAUUUAGCUUUUGAAACCGAAGAUUACGAUAAAGCUCAAAAGUUAUUUAAGGCCGUAAUGCAAAGGAUAAUUAUGAAUGGAGCACCGGAAGAUGACUUAAGAAUUGUUACUAUGAGUCUAAAAUUGGCAAAAAUAUUGGAACAUAGGGGGGAUUAUUUAAAUGCAGAAAAUGGUUACCAAUAUUGUCUAAAAAUUUUGCAAAAAUUAAUUGAUGAGGAAAAACAGGAUGAUAAUGUUGUAGCACUUUGGGAAGUUAAUGUGGAUUGGUAUGCACAUAUGUUAUUAGCAGCUUCAAGAUACAGUGAAGCAAUGAAAUACAUGGAAAAAGCUUACGUCGCAUGCGUAAAACAUAAUGGAGAAACACACGAGCAAUCUGUUGUUCUUCUUAAUGAUUUAGGAUUGAUAAGUUUCAUGAAAGGGAAUUUAGACGAUGCUCUUCAUUAUCUUAAUAAAGCUGUGGAAAUUGGAGAAAAAUUACCAAAUAUGGAUAAUGUAUCUUCGAUACAUGUUAAUUUAGGCAAUGUUUAUAUGAAAAAGGGCUUGAUUAACGAAGCAAAACAUUCGUGUUUAAAAGGUUGGAAAUUAUCAAAAAAAAUAAAUAAUAAAGAAUUGUUAGAAGAAGCAAAUUUAUGUUUAAAGGAAGUAAAUAAA